AAAGGAGAAAAUAUUAAUUCCCCCUCGCCGUGGGCCGUGACGUCAGUAUAGGAAGUCAUUGUAGAGCAACACUGGAGCGAUUAGCAGCAAAAAGGGGGAGCCUGAUGUCGAAGAGUCAGCCCUAUGUAUAUCUCUCUAUACGCCUCAACUUUUAACACAAAGUUCAAUAUCCAAACACAAAAAGCGACGUGGACUACGCAGACCCACACAUUUCUUUUCCGCAUUUUCCCUGAAUGUAACACUUUGGACCAUACACAGGCUGCUGUGUGAGCCGCUUUUAAACGUGGAUUUUGUUUCUCUCUUGGGUUUAUUUGUCAGCUCUUUCCUUUUUUAACAUUUUUUUUCUACCUCCGACUUAAUUUUGCUGACUUUCUUCUGAUCUAAGGAGAAGCGUCUCACUGUUGUUAUGAAGGCUUCUGCUCUCCUUUCUUAACAUGGAAGCAUCCAGCGGGUCGAGUUUUGGGAUAGACACUAUUUUAUCCGGCGCGUCAAACUCUGGUAACCCCGUGCUAAUGAACGGAGACUUUCGGCUCGGCGACAGCAGGACAGCGGAUUUCAGGAGCCAGGCGACCCCGUCACCAUGCUCGGAGAUAGACACUGUGGGAACGGCCCCCUCAUCCCCCAUCUCGGUCACCAUGGAGCACGCCGCCGAUGCGCAUCUGGUCCAGGACAGCCUUCAGCAUCACCACCACCUCCACAGCCAGGCGCAGAGUAUACCGUUGUCGCCGCAGCAGCAGCCGCUCGCCGGGGCCGGCUGCGCCCCGAGGACUGCCACCUCCUCCUUUCUAAUCAAAGACAUUUUAGGAGACAGUAAACCACUGGCAGCCUGCGCACCUUACAGCACCAGUGUUUCCUCACCACAUCACACGCCAAAACCAGAAAGUGCCACGGCUCCGGACGGCUUCAGGCCCAAGUUGGAACAAGACGAAAACAGAAGCAAGUUGGACAAAAGAGACGACAUACAGAGUGAAAUGAAAUGCAACGGUAGGAGUUUUAUUUGUUUUAUCUCAGACGCUUGUUAACAAUUGUCUUAUUUAAUGUAAUGAGAGUGUAAUAAAACUAUUUCAGGCUACAGAAAAGCGUAGCCAACUAAACCAAACAAAAUAUUUAACAGUGUUUGACCAAAAAUACCAGAAAUAGUGAACAACUGAUAGUUAAAAAUAUGGUAAAAUACAGCAUUUUUAUUUAGCAUUCUUCUUUGUCUGGGUCUCAGCCUCCUUUAUUAGUCUAAUAGAUGUGAAAACAGAUGUAAGCCUGGUGAUUUUCCCCGCGCGCAAGGCCUCCCUAGUGGGUCAAUUAGAGAGAUUAUUGUUCUUCCUGGAGGGGGGAUCAUGGAGCACUGAAACACAGCUACAAAUAGAGAUGGAUUGACAUAUUGAUUUCUCGUUUUCUGAAAAAGAGGAAGAAAAAAAACUUCAAGUGACAAAUUCACACAAAUUUCUUCUUAUCGCUUUGCGUCUGAACCACACGUGUGCGUCAAAUACUUGAGGGGGAAUCCGCCUGCUGCUGCAGAAGUUUGUGAAGUUUAUCUGGAGGCGUGAGAUGAUUUGUUGUUGUAUUUCUGAGCCAAUAGUUUGAAAUGAAAAUAGCCAGAAUUUCUGACAAGCUCCUGAGCACAUUUUCCAAGCAGGCCCGCUGACUCUUCAUGUCUGUGUUAGGGACUAAAGAAGAGGGGGACCGGGAGAUCUCCAGCAGCAGAGACAGUCCACCGAUGCGCACGAAAAAGCCUCGCAAAGCACGGACAGCCUUCACCGACCACCAGCUCAACCAGCUGGAGAGGAGCUUCGAGCGACAGAAAUACCUCAGCGUGCAGGACCGCAUGGACCUGGCCGCGGCUCUCAACCUGACAGACACACAAGUCAAGACCUGGUACCAAAACAGACGGUAGGAGAGCACAGACUCAUCACUGAGAGAGCCAUUAAUAGCAGACACAACAAACACACACACACACACACACACACACACACACACACACACACACACACACACACACACACACACACACACACACACACACACACACCAAGGUUCCUGAGGUGCAGAAACAGCAUUUUGGUAUUUCUUUAUUAGGAAAUUACCCACGUGAAAAGUUUGGAAAUCAUCUGACGUGCACGUGGAUAUUUCAUCCUUUAAAAAAUAAUCUCAGCAUAUUUCUCUUUAAAAUAUGAGUCACUGACCUUUGAGAACCUUUUCAGUCUGAUGCUCAAAUUAUUAUUUCUUAUUUAUUAAACGUUGAAGUUUUUAGGGUUAUAAACUAAAAGUCUGAUUUGUUUAGAAGCUUUUAUUUUGUGUGAUCUUGUGCGCACACGCAAAAUUUAGAUCAAAAACGUUCUUGGUCCACACUUUGUUUUGAAACGUCCUUUAUCAAUACAAGUUGCUGUUAUUAUUUUUCUAUAUGCUCUAUUAUCUGCUGUAAUUGUAGUGUCAGUAAAUCACAGAAAAAUCUCAUUUUUAUUUCCCUGGUUGAAUUGAUCCUCACCUCAGAUUGGCAAUGUGACGAAUCCAUAAAAAUAAAUAAAUAGAUAAAUAAAAAUAAAAGUUCUGGCUGAUUUAUGUCCAGUUAGAAUUUUGGGAAACUUGAGAAUAGAAAUGCUCUGAUAUUUAUCCUCGUAGUUAAUUGCGUCACCAAUCUUUUGGCAAUUAUACACAUGUAUUUUUUUUUUUAAUUAUAAUUAUUUUUGUUUUUUUAGAGACAUGUCAGUGUUACCUUAAUUGUCUCAACGCUUCCUGUGGUUUAUGCAAACGCUGAAGAAUUCCUGGCGAAAAAAAAUCCCUUCCCCUUAGAUUUCUAGUCUACCUCUUUUCUUUGUUUUUUUCCAGAAUAAAAGCAUCUUUCGGCUCUUCAUAUCACAGUCUGUGUUAAUAGUUAAAGGUGUGAGUGAAGUGUGCUUUGAUAAGUUUGGACCAAAGCAUUUAGUAAGAUGACCCCUCCGCCUCAUAUCUUGGUAUUUCCUUAUUUUUUCUCAGCCUAAUUAAAGCUUACGCAUAAAUUGGUGCGCGCCAUAAUUAGGCCUCUACGUGCCAAUUAAAGGGCCGUUUGGGGAAUUAAGGAGAGCGCGAAGUGAUUCAAUAAUUCAUCUGUUGUAUUUUGAUCUGAUUUCCAGGACGAAGUGGAAGAGGCAAACGGCGGUGGGAUUAGAGCUCCUGGCUGAAGCAGGAAACUACUCGGCCUUACAGAGAAUGUUCCCGUCGCCAUAUUUCUACCACCCCAGCCUGCUAGGCACCGUGGACAGCACGACGGCAGCCGCGGCGGCCGCAGCCAUGUACAGCAGUAUGUACCGGACUCCUUCCACGCCACAUCCCAGCCUCCAGAGACCUCUGGUCCCGAGGGUGCUCAUUCAUGGCCUUGGGCCGGGGGGGCAACCGGCACUAAACCCCCUCUCUAACCCCAUGCCCGGCACACCGCAUCCGCGAUAAAACACGAGGAAAGACGAGCAAAGACGAUGACCAGAAACCUGGUUGAACGAACACGUGAUGUGAUGUGAGUAACUGCAUCGGAUCCACAUUGCAGGACUUUUUCUUCCCCCCCAAAAAGACCAAUUUAAAGACAUUCUACAGAAGUAAAGGAGGUAUUUAAUAUAGGCCUAACAGCCCAGUCCUAUCAAGACUCUCUCUGUCCAGGUCCAGACAGACUUCAGGACUGCUCAUGUCUGAUUGUUUGUUUGUUUGUCUUUUGUACAAAUACACUUACAUUAGCAAAUAAACUUAUAAAGUUUAUUAGAUGGAGAAGAAGAACGGAAUGAAUAAAGAAGUAAUGAUACUA